GCUGCCUCUGAUUGCAUGACCACUGCGCUUCUCCGGCUGUGUACUGAUUUGUCUCAGUUCUACACCAGGCCAGAGACACUGAGCAUCUACUCUGCAUCGCACUGUGCUGGAUGGGGGACUGCGGCUGUGAGCACAGAUGUGAUCCUUGAUCAUCCACAGACGGCUCCUCACACCCACCACAGGCUGGAUUCUCAGAAGGUAUUUGAAGAAUUUUAGAUUGCCUGGAUGAGGUGCCACAAAAAUGAUUGUUCCUGAUUGCUCUUAAAGACUGAGCUUGUGUUCCCAACUAAUCGACUGAUUGUAGGUUCUGAUCAGCAUGGUGCCUGCCUUACUGAUUCUUUUGGGGGCCAUAGAGACACUGCAAACAGAUACACUUCCUGACAAAAAGUUUUUACUUCUCCCACCCAUUAAUUUCACUAUCAAAGUUACUGGUUUAGCUCAAGUUGUUUUAUGUUGGGAACCAAAUCCCAAUCAAGGGCAAAAGAAUGUUAAUCUAAACUAUCACGUGAAAAUAAAUACUCCACAAGAAGAGGAUUAUGAAACCAGGAACACUCAAAGCAAAUGUGAAACCACCCUGCACCAAGGUGUUUCAGCAAGUGUGCGCACCAUCCUGUGGCACGGCCACUCCCUUCUGGCCAGCAGCUGGGUUUCUGCUGAACACAAAGCCCCACCAGGGUCUCCUGGAACCUCAAUUGUGAAUUUAACUUGCACCACAAACACUGCAGCAAGUAAUUAUACAAACUUAAAGUCAUAUGAAGUUUCUCUUCAUUGCACCUGGCUUGCUGGCAAGGAUGCCCCUGAGGACACACAGUAUUUCCUCUAUUAUAGAUACGGCCCUUGGACUGAAGAAUGUCAAGAAUAUAGCAAAGAUACACUGAGCAGAAAUACUGCAUGCUGGUUCCCAAGGACUUUUAUCCAUAGCAAAGCACGUGACAGGCUUGCAGUGCACGUUAAUGGCUCAAGCAAUCAUGCUACAAUCAAGCCCUUUGAUCAGCUGUUCGAUACACAAGCCAUUGAUCAACCAAACCCUCCAAUGGAUGUCACAGCAGAGACUGAAGGAUCUCGUCUCUCCAUCCAAUGGCAGAAACCAGUUUCUGCCUUUCCAAUUCAUUGCUUUGAAUAUGAAGUGAAAAUCUGUAACACGAAGGAUUAUUAUCAGGUGGAAAAGACAACAACCAAUGCAUUUGUCUCCACAACGGAUGGUGUUUCUAAGUACUCCAUUCAAGUGAGAGCAGCCGUGAGCCCCCACUGUAGAGCCAUGGGGCUAUGGAGCAAGUGGAGUCAACCUGUUUACGUGGGAAAGGAGAAGAAGCCCAUCGCCGGAUGGUUUCUCAUCACACUUACAGCAGUCCUCUGCUUCAUCUUGUUAAUUUUCUUCUUCCUCUGCAGAAUAUAUCACUUAUGGACCAAGAUGUUUCCACCAGUUCCAGCCCCAAAAAGUACCUUUAAAGAUCUCAUUAUGACCACUAACUGUGAGAAAGCUGGUUCCAGUGAAACAGAAAUUGAAGUUAUAAGUUAUGUUGAAGAGCCUAUGUUGGAAGUCUUGGAAGAUUCUGUGUUUUGAUUGUCACCGUGGUACUCUCAGAUGAACUCACAUAUGUAUCGGUGAUAAGAACAGGACUAGCGUUUCCUGGCUAAGAGGUGUUCAAAACUUAUGCAACUCAGUUGAUCCACAAGGGAGCACAUCUAGACAUAUGUCAUGCUUCUCUUAAACAUGUGAAUACUGCAUCAAAAAUCUCCUCAUUCACAUUCAGGUGACCGAUUAAAUAUUUACCUAGGUAUUUCUCCUCAUGCUGUAUAGGACAGCACCUCUUCACACUUGCCAAUGUUACAUAUCUUACCUCAAACAUUUUGGUACAAGAGACAAUUUGUAAGGCUAAUCCUUACUUUGGGCAAUGCCAGUUUGGAUGUUUACACUGCCACUACACAUCACCUUGCAUGUAUUUGGAAUCCAACAACAGUUAGCAGAAAUCAAGGCCUUCAAUAUUGUGGAGAAGAUGAUGUGUUCUCUGGAGAAUGCAGCUGAAAAUGACUAAGAGACCUGUAUUUGACCUCGAGACUACCAUGACCUGGAUCUCUUUGUGAUGGUACAGUAAAGUUGUAUAUAGAUUGCUAUAUAAGAGAACUGACCUCCCGACAUGGCUCAUUCUGAGUGGUCUACCCUUAAUUGCCUCAUCACAGCAAUUCAGGGAAUUUGAACAUUGAUUUAAUAUGCAGUACCAUCAUGUGUGGCCAAUGGAAGCUGAGGUCACAGUAUUGGUUUCCACCAACACAGGUUGGAGAGUCUUUCCUUUGGAGCCCUCCCAGUCACAGGAUCUAAAAGAAAUGUUUGUUCUCCAAGGCGUCCUUUGCAAUAAGGACUCAGCCCCAUCUCUUUCUUUGUCUCUUAGAAUUUACCGUUUGUAACAUAGAGGCCACGUAGGGGAAACUGGAGUGAAGUGCAUGUUUGCCAACAGCUUGGCCACUUGAGCCUCACUGAAAUGCUUCAAGCCUCAAGUUAUUUAUGCAGGCUGAGGAAGAAUUCACGUGGGCAAAGAACAUCCUGAUUAAAAAUCCAAACAUUUUC